AUGAAUAACGUUGACGACCACCUCGCCAGUACUCACGAAACGACACCUCUUCAAGGAACAUUCGUAGCUUCACUGAAAGAGAAGAUACGGUCUUCCAUCGGCAUGGACUCGCGUGAACAAGACAAUAAUGACGUCAACAAGUCCAACAACAAAAACCGGUUGAACAAUAACAGUGUGGUGAUUGAUGCUCUGGAAUCGUUAUUGCACGAAAAGAUUUCAGAAUCACAGCUUCAAUCGAACGAUCACUCAGGAAUCACGACCAUGUAUCAUUGCAAACAAUUGGAAUCGUGGGAUUGUGGUAUCGCCUGCCUGCUAAUGGUCAAUAGAUGGUUAUCGACACAGAACAAAGAAUAUUCUUCGAAGAUGGUUCCCGAGGAUGAAAAGCUUCGUGAAACCCUCAUUGGGAACAUUGGCGCGAAAUCCAUAUGGACAGCUGAUUUGGUGUUGGAGCUCCACAAGCUAUUGGGACAGGGAUCAUCAGCGGACUACAUAUUUUGCUCCAAGAACAUGGGAGUUGAUGAGUCUUAUAAGGACUUUGGAUACUAUCGCGAUAACUUUGCAAGAGAUCAGGAACGAGUGAAUGAUGCAUUUGUCGAGCUUCAAACAUGUAGUACAUCCUGUUUUUCAACCUCGCAUUUGCCCUUGCCUCUGGUAAUGAAUGCAGUCUCUCAUCCGAACUGCAUUGCGAUUGCGUUGGUGGACAAUACCAAACUUCAUGGCUUUGACUGGAGUGAAUAUCUUGGUCACUACGUCAUCAUCUGUGGAUGCAGCUCGGAUCCAAGUCACCUUGAUCUCACGACCAACGUUCAAAACGAGGAUCGGUGUCUAGUUUUGAAGAAUACAGGGCGUGACGACGAUCCGACCAUGUAUGUUUUACCAUCACGCUUUGAGCGGUCGUGGAGAGCAAGCGGUACGGACGAUGAUAUUGUAUUUGUGAUUCGACAAUGA